CUCACGCAGCCAAGAUGGGGAGUUUGCACAAGGCCACCUUUGUCCUCCUCAUGCUAUGCUUGUCAGCAUUGGGGAGAGCGGAAUAUCUCAAGUACAAGGACCCGAAUCAGCCCGUCGGCGCCCGCAUCAAGGAUCUGCUCGGACGAAUGACCCUCGCGGAGAAGAUAGGCCAGAUGACGCAGAUCGAGAGGGUAAACGCCACCGCGGAGGUGCUAUCGAAAUACUUCAUAGGUAGCGUCCUGAGUAGCGGCGGUAGCCCGCCUUUUCCCCGAGCGUCUGCUGAGGAUUGGGCUUCAAUGGUGGAUGAAAUGCAAAGAGCCGCCCUCUCUACCCGCCUAGGCAUUCCAAUGAUCUACGGCAUUGACGCUGUGCAUGGUCACAAUAACGUCUACAAAGCUACCAUCUUCCCUCAUAACGUUGGUCUCGGAGCUACCAGGGACCCUAUGCUGGUCAAGAGGAUAGGAGAAGCAACUGCUCUUGAAGUUAGAGCUACCGGGAUUCCAUACGUCUUUGCUCCAUGUAUUGCGGUUUGUAGAGACCCAAGAUGGGGACGCUGCUAUGAAAGCUAUAGUGAAGACCCAAACAUUGUCCGGUCAAUGACCACAAUCAUCUCUGGCUUGCAAGGUGAUGUUCCCUCAGGUUCCGAGGGAAGACCAUAUGUUGGUGGAAGUAAGAAAGUUGCCGCAUGCGCAAAGCACUAUGUUGGUGAUGGUGGCACGUUCAUGGGGAUCAACGAGGGCAAUACAAUCAUCGACAACCAUGGGAUGAUGACUAUCCAUAUGCCUGCUUACUAUAAUUCUAUCAUCAGGGGCGUAUCCACUAUUAUGGUCUCGUUCAAUAGUUGGAAUGGAAAGAAAAUGCACGCCAACCAUUACCUAAUCACAGAUUUUCUCAAGAACAAACUCAAAUUUAGAGGUUUCGUGAUUUCAGACUGGCAAGGCAUUGAUAAGAUUACGACUCCCCCACACUUGAACUAUUCCUAUUCAAUUGAGGCCGGAAUUGGUGCUGGUAUUGACAUGAUCAUGGUUCCUUUUGGCUACACAGAAUUCAUUGAUGAUCUGACAUCCCAAGUUGAGAAAAACAUUAUCCCUAUGAGCAGAAUCGACGAUGCUGUCUACAGGAUUCUUCGGGUCAAGUUUACCAUGGGUCUAUUUGAGAACCCUUAUGCUGAUCGAAGUCUUGUUGGUGAACUCGGGAAGCAAGAACACCGAGAACUCGCUAGGGAAGCCGUCAGGAAAUCAUUGGUGUUGCUGAAAAAUGGAAAACAUGCAUCCACCCCAUUGUUGCCUCUCCCAAAGAAGGCUGGUAAGAUACUUGUAGCCGGGAGCCACGCCGACAACUUGGGCAACCAGUGUGGAGGAUGGACAAUCGAAUGGCAAGGAGACACCGGCAACAAUAAAACUGUUGGGACGACGAUCCUUUCGGCGAUCAAGUCAACCGUCGACCCUAGCACACGAGUGGUCUUCUCUGUUAACCCAGAUAGCACUGUCGUGGAAAAUGGCAAGUAUGAUUAUGCCAUCGUGGUGGUGGGUGAGGCACCCUAUGCCGAGACAUUCGGCGACAAUCUAAACUUGACGAUCCCUGCCCCCGGCCCCUCGGUCGUCCAGACUGUCUGCAAGAAGAUCAACUGUGUGGUGGUGCUCAUCUCUGGUAGACCGCUGGUGGUGGAACCCUACAUUGGUGCCACGGAUGCGUUAGUCGCCGCCUGGCUACCCGGCACGGAGGGCCAAGGUGUCGCCGACGUGCUCUUCGGCAACUACGGGUUCUCCGGGAAGCUGGCGAGGACAUGGUUCAAGUCGGUGGACCAGCUGCCAAUGAACGUUGGGGACAAGCACUAUGACCCGUUGUUCCCCUUCGGGUUUGGCCUCACCACGGAGGCAAAAAAGUGAACGGGGUGAGAUGAUUGAAAUGGGAGGAAUGACGGUUGGUAUGCGAGAGACGAGACUGUCAACCGUUGAAUCAUGUCAACCUCCAUAGGGUGCGCAUGGCUUUAUCUAUCUACUAUCUACAACUUAUUACAUGUACUUGUAUAAAUAAAAACACGAGUGAGGUGAAUCCAAAUAA